AGGAGUUUUUACACGAUGCUGAAGGGUGUAGUGUCGCUUGUCACCGGGGGAGCAUCCGGCCUCGGAAGGGCAACUGUGGAGAGAAUUGUUAGAGAAGGUGGACGUGCUGUCAUCUGCGAUCUUCCCACCUCCCAGGGUGCCAAAGUAGCCAGUGAUUUAGGAGAUAAUGCCAUUUUUGCCCCCACUGAUGUAUCAUCAGCAGAGGAUGUAGAGAAAGCCCUUGCCAUGUGCCAAGACAAAUUUGGCAGGCUGGAUGUGGCUGUCAACUGUGCUGGUAUUGGCAUUGCCGUGAAGACCUACAACCCAAAGAAGAAAUUGCCUCAUUCUCUGGAUGACUUUAUGCGUGUUCAAAGGGUCAACUUGGGCGGCUCGUUCAAUGUGAUCCGCCUGUCCUGUGGAGUGAUGGCAGAGAAUGAACCAAAUGCCGACGGGCAGAGAGGAGUAAUUGUGAAUACGGCAAGUGUUGCGGCAUUUGAUGGGCAGAUCGGUCAAGCUGCCUAUUCUGCUAGCAAAGGAGCCAUUGUAGGCAUGACACUUCCCAUUGCGAGGGAUCUGGCACCUAUAGGGAUCAGAGUGUGCACUAUUGCGCCAGGAUUAUUCAAGACCCCCUUGCUGAUGGCUCUCCCAGAGAAAGUGCAGAAUUUCUUGGCCACGACUGUGCCCUUCCCCAAGAGACUAGGGGACCCAGAUGAAUAUGCUCAGAUGGUUCAGGCCAUCAUCACAAACCCAAUGAUGAACGGAGAAACUGUGCGACUGGAUGGAGCCAUUCGUAUGCAGCCUUAAGUGUAGACAUAGUCAGUUGCACAUACUUAGGAGUUUUGUGGCUAUAUUGUUUGUGUCAAAUGUUUUCAGAACUGAAUUUAGGGCAGUUUUGUUUGAAGAUCAUGUUUACACAAUAUGGUUAAGAGUGAAAUAUUCAGUUUGAAGUUUUUAAGGUGUUGUUGGCAGAUCUGAUGAUGUAGCUAUUUUGUCAGAGAAUAUUUAAUAGAUUGUUGAUACUGUAUGUUAGGACUAACAGCUUAGAAGGGGUGGAUUUAACCUGCAGCUUAUCAUUAUUAUUUUGAGUGUAUAGUAAUACAUUAUUAUUUUGUAAUUCUGAACAAAUCCUAAUAUAAAUAGUAAACUGAUUUCCUAUUUUUCUUAUUUGGUAAAAUAUUGAAAAUGUUCAAGAAACUUUCACUAGUAUUUUUAUGAUGUUUUAUAUAUAUUA